GUAGUCUCCGGGUCCCGCUGGCUCUGAGAACAGGGUAAGCCCCCUCUCCGGGGUCCCUGAGAAACCCGUCUCUAGGGGAGUCAGCCUAGCACCCCUUUUGGUCACAAGCGUAGGGGAGGCCAAGAUGAUGGGUCUUUGAAAGUCAAUUGAGCGGCGCCCGCGUCAAGGUCAUGUUCAAGUUUGGGGCGAGAAGUCUUGCCCCGUUAUUCUUUCGAUCUCUCUGUGGAACCAGAAACCUCGGUAAAUUCGCCUCUGGGGCUUCGGAACAGGUGACUAGUUUUGGAUGUGAAGCCACUGUUCUAGCCCAAUUUAGACAAGACUGUUGACACACAGGUUGGAAUAGUUCCAAUAGCCUACACUGCAAAACGCUUCGGAGCCACAGAAUGCCCCUUGUAAAAACAGCAAGGGAGGGGUCAGACCAACAACUUGAAACUCUUAGCAUGGAAAAUUCCGAGAAGACAGACGUGGUUCUCCUUGCUUGUGGUUCCUUUAAUCCUAUUACCAACAUGCACCUCAGGUUGUUUGAGCUGGCCAAGGACUACAUGAACGGAACCGGAAAAUACAGAGUUAUCAAAGGCAUAAUUUCUCCUGUCUGCGAUGCGUAUAAGAAGAAAGGACUCAUCUCUGCCCAUCACCGCAUUAUCAUGGCGGAACUUGCCACCAAGAAUUCAGAAUGGGUGGAGGUGGACACAUGGGAAAGCCUUCAGAAGGACUGGGUAGAGACCGCCAAGGUGCUAAGAUACCAUCAAAAGAAACUGGAGGCUAGUAGUUAUUAUCACCAGCAGGACUCACCUGUGCUGGAAAGGCCUGGACGGAAGAGGAAGUGGACAGAAUAUAGUCAGAAAAAAUACCCAGAGCAAAAAACAAAAGAUGUGCCGAAGGUAAAGCUGCUGUGUGGGGCAGAUACAUUGGAGUCCUUCGGCAUCCCCAACCUGUGGAAGAGUGAGGACAUCAUCAGAAUCGUGGAGGACUAUGGGCUCGUAUGCGUCACGCGGGCUGGAAGUGAUGCUGAGAAAUUUGUUUACGAAUCCGACGUGCUGUGGAAAUACAAGAACAACAUCCACCUGGUGAACGAGUGGAUCGCCAACGACAUCUCGUCCACGAAAAUCCGGCGAGCCCUCAGAAGGGGCCACAGCAUCCGCUACUUGGUACCAGAGCUUGUCCAGGCAUACAUUGAAAAGCAUAAUUUGUAUAGCUCUGAGAGCGAGGAGAGGAAUGCUGGGGUUAGCCUGGCUCCUUUGCAGAGGAACAGCGUGGAUGCUAAGCUAUGAGAAGUCCCCCAGCGUGAAAUUUUGCACUUUGGGGAAUUCGCAACAGUCUAGGUGUUAGCAACUGGAGAAAGGAAUUGUGAUCCUGUUUCAUAAACUAAAGCUUAAAAGUUGGGUAAAAAUCAGUAGUGAAUGACAAUCAGGUUUAUUUUUCUCUUUUCUUUUACUGCCGUAUCCCUAGAGCUAUUUUUUUUCCUCUUAUCAGAAGUUGCUAAUAUGAAUAUUUUCAGUAUUAUGUUUUUUGUUUGGUUUUUUUAAGACAGUACAAAACCCUUUAUUUUUAAAACAAGAGAUUAACAACACUAAAACCAGAAGACUAUUCCAUCAAACUGACUACAAAUAAGAAAUCAAAACAGACACCCUAGCUUUACUACAUAAAAGUGUGAAACGCCAUUUGAAAUCCUAACUUUAGUUAUUGAAGGGAACUGACAUUUGACGCAUGCCUAUUUCUGGGCGGUCUCCACCCAGUGUGGCCAAAGUUGUUCUUAACAGUGGUGAUCUAGCACAAGGGUCGGCAAACUGCGGCUCUCAAGCCACAUGCAGCUCUUUGGAUGCGACUUGUGAGCCCUGAUCUAGCAGAGUGCACCUCUGGUCCGUCAUCUCCAGCUAUGCCAAGUGCAGGUGUGACUGCCUGGCGGGAGCUAUAGGCGGUAGUUCCUUCUCCCUGGCACACAUCAGAGCAUCCGAUUAAAGUCUGCCAAGAUACCUGCCUAGUGUGCCAUCUUUGGAGCUGGGGAGUGGGGCACAAGCCCGCGAAUGUUUAGAAUGGUGCACAGGUGUUUGCAAUGCCCACCAGAGGUAGAGAGCCUCUGCUUUCCACGUUUUACACUUACUCUUAGCACAGCCCACUGUGGCUCAUGCUUCUAAACCUGGCCAUCCGCCAUCUUCCUAUCUUCAGGGUCAACUUCAGUGAUGACCUCACGCUCCCUGGAACAGAGAGAACCGCUGAGAAUGAGAGGGGUCUUAUUCCAGAAUUGUAUUAAAUGUCAGUGCUCUGAGCCUUUAUUGAUAGCUCAAUAAUCAAAAGAUAACUGGAGACCCCCCACACACGAACCUGAGAAAUGCCCCACUGGGUCAGCCCAGCAGUUCCAGCUCAGAAUUUGGGGCACUGACGAAUGGCUUGUGAAAGCCAUGACCUCGGCCUGACAGUCUUGAGUUACUGAAGAGCCCCGCUGUUUCUGUUCCAGCCCACGGUGAAUCUGCCAUUGGUGAAUUGAAGCAGAAAAGGGAUCUGUUUUCUUAUGCUUUUUCUCUUCUUGGCCUUCUGGCCUUUAACCGGAGUGGAACUUCCAAAUAAUAAAGUCAUAGCUUUAUGUUACAAAUACGAGCUUGUUACCUGAUUGGAUACUGAUUAAAAUUGUGUGGAAGUUUAAUUGCUUGGUAAAGGAGAAACACUAGAAAUAGCUUUUUAAAGAUUAGUUCUAUAUUUCAUGGAAAUCAUUCUGUAUAGAAACUGGACUAAACUUAAAUUUUUAAUAAAAAUAGAAUAAUUUA